AUGGCCGGCUGCAGGCGCUUCCAUGCGAGCAGUGGCUGCAGCCUGUUCCUGGCUGAUGACCCGGCCUCGGGCGUGCACCUCGGCGUGGAAGGUGGGAUACUCUGCCAGCUCCUCCGCUCUCCAGAUUACAACCUUUUCGCCAAGUCGGCAGUGUUUGAAAGUAAUUUCAUCCAGGUGACGAAGCAGGGGAACUGGGUGGAUAUCCAUAACGCCCCCACACUGGUGACUCUGGGGGUGACGUCCUCAGAGCCCUGCCUACCCCUCCCCAAUGUGCUCCUGAUCGCCAGGCUCGCAGUGCUGGGAGAAAGCCCCCUCGGGAGGGCGGACCAGCCCCAGGAGCCCUCCAUGGCCCUUAGCAGGCUUCUUCCGUUGAGAUAUGUCAGACUGUCGGUGCAGGACAGCAGCCGGCGCCUGCUGCGGGUGCAGGUGGUCACGGGGAAGGUUUAUUACCUGCGGCUGCACCAGGCACACCCUGACGCUGUGUUCUCGCUCUGGAGCCGGCUGGCGGACAUCCUGCAGCGGGGGCUCUCCAUCACCACCAAGGACCCCGCCAUCCAUGUCCCGCACAGCCUGGUGCUCAGUGCGGGCAGCUCCUCCACCAGCUCCCCUGCACAGCUGGUGCCUGAUUCGCAACCGCCCUCGGGAGCCAGUCGCAGCGUGGUGGCAAGGAUGGGCAAGCGAUUAUCGGGGACACUCUCCCAUCUCUCAGGAGCAGCUCUGGGGAAAACGGAGAAAGACAGCUCAGUCCAGAGAAGACUCUUCUCCUGGAAUCUUACGGCUCGGAGCAAAUCUCCUGCCAGGGAAGAGGAAUCGGGUGCCCCAAGCUGGUCAGGAGGGAAGCUGGCGAUGUGUGAGCGGUGCCAGCGGGACAGGCCGAGCGACACAGGAGAGAGAGCCAGCCUGAGGACAGCCCUGCGGUGGUUAGACACUAAGUGCCACGGACUCUGGGAACGAGACACACCUGCUGGGCUGCUGCCCCUGUCCCGGCUCAGCAGCUUAGUAGCUGCAGGUCGGCACUAGGGAC